AUGCAAGAAGAUAUCGUGAAGAAGUAUUCUACGAGGCCAACAGAUGUACUCAAGACUAUAUUAACCAACAUUACAGUAGAUUCUAUUCCCAAUCUUAGAGCUGUCGACUUCAGCUCAGGCCGAUUACUUAAGCCCGUCCUUGGACAUCUCAAGCUGAUCGUGGGCGUUUAUAAUCUAAAUUUGAUGGAUAGAAGAAGAUUCUCACUCCCGAAGACACUGUUUUCCAUCAUCAGCGAUGACGCGACGAUGUGUCAACCGGAUUUCGAAGUCACGUUAGCAAGAUUUGAUAUUAACUGCAACACGACAGUCACCCACAAGACUACGCUCAUCACCACCCACACUGCGGCAAGAACCGCUACCCAUAUCGCCACGACCACGCCCAUAUCCACCCAGAAGACCACGCCCAUAUCCAUCCUGAAGACCCCGCCCAUAUCCACCCAGAAGACCACGCCCAUAUCCAUCCUGAAGACCACGCCCAUAUCCACCCAGAAGACCACACCCAUAUCCACCCAGAAGACUACCCCCAUAUCCAUCCUGAAGACCACGCCCAUAUCCACCCAGAAGACUACCCCCAUAUCCAUCCUGAAGACCACGCCCAUAUCCACCCAGAAGACUACCCCCAUAUCCAUCCUGAAGACCACGCCCAUAUCCACCCAGAAGACUACCCCCAUAUCCAUCCUGAAGACCACGCCCAUAUCCACCCAGAAGACCACACCCAUAUCCGCCCAGAAGACCACGCCCAUAUCCAUCCUGAAGACCCAGCCCAUAUCCAUCCUGAAGACUACCCCCAUAUCCAUCCUGAAGACCCCGCCCAUUUCCAUCCUCAAGACCCCGCCCAUAUCCACCCAGAAGACCACGCCCAUAUCCAUCCUGAAGACCACGCCCAUAUCCAUCCUGAAGACCCCGCCCAUAUCCACCCAGAAGACUACCCCCAUAUCCAUCCUGAAGACCCCGCCCAAGUCCACCCAGAAGACAACGCCCAUAUCCGCCCAGAAGACCACGUCCAUAUCCGCCCAGAAGACCACGCCCACCACCAUCUUUACGACUACCCACAGAGCCACAAGCAUCAACACGGCUAAGAUAAUAGUAACAUGA